AUGUUCAUUCAAUCAGAUAUGAACAAAAGAUUAUCUCUUGAUGUUAUAGGUCAGCUUGAAGAUGAUCUUGAGUCUGAUCCAUUGAAUUAUGGGAAAUGGACGAAGCUCAUCAAACAAGUUCUUGCCAAGGAUAAGGAAGAACAAGUACGAUCUGUAAUGACAAAAUAUUUAAAUAUCUUUAAAUUUGAUGGGGAUCAAUGGUGUAAUUAUGUUAAUUAUGAACUUAACCGAGGGGAGUUUACAAAAGUUGAAGAUCUUUUUAAAAAAUGUCUUGCAGUAACAACACAUGUUCCAUUAUGUAGACUUUAUGUUUCAUAUGUACGUCGAGUGAAUGAUGUUAUUACAGGAGGUGAUUCUGCCAGAGGAAUUGUAAUUCAAGCAUUUGAAUUUGCUGUUAAAAGGGUAGGCAUUGAUUUGGCAAGUAGUGAACUUUGGGAAGAUUAUCUUGGAUUUUUAAAAGCUUGGACCCCAGCUCAAACAUGGGAACAACAACAAAAGAAUGAUUUAAUUAGAAAAGUAUACAAGAGACUUCUUCUGAUACCAACUGAAAAAUUAGAAAAAUUAUGGCCCAUAUAUACAAAUUGGGAAAAUGAAGUUAAUCCAAUUACUGCUAAAAAGUUUAUUGGUGAAAAAUCUGCUGAAUAUAUGUUGGCAAGAUCAUGGUACACAGAAUGGACAAAUAUUACUGAAAAAAAAUUGCGUAGAACUAUUGUUCCUUACUCUCUUAACGAUGAAGAUAUUGUUAAUAAAGAAUUAGUUAGAAAACAACUUUCACUUUGGUAUGCUUGGAUUGAUCUUGAAAAGAAAAAUAAACUUGAGUUAAAAGAUGAUUCUUUAGUUCAGCAAAGAAUAGAAUAUGUCUAUAAACAAGCAGUGACAACUUUACCAUUUGCACCAGAAUUGUGGUUUAAAUUUAAUAAAUUUUGGCUCAGUAGUAACGAAGAAGCUAAUAUUAACAAAUGUAUUGAUCUUUUAAGUGAAAGUUUGGUUUUGAAUACUAGAAGUUGUUUGUUAACAUUUCAAUUAUCGGAAUUAUAUGAGAAGGACAACAGUGUUAAUAAAGCAACUGAAACUUUUGACAAUUUAAUUCGUAUUUUAAUGAGUGAUUAUGAGAAUGUUACAAAGCAAAUUGAUAGUAUCAAAGAAAAUAUCCCUAAGGAUACUACUGCUCUACAGAGUAAUGAAGGAGAUAAUUCUGAUAAGCCAGAUGAUGAAGAUGAAAAUCAACCUACACAAAUCUCAGGUAUCCAUAAACUUAGUCAACAUGAAGUUGAAAGAAUGGCUAAAUUAACAGAAUCUCAAUUACAAUUAAUUAAAGUAAUCACGUUAGUGUACACAAAGUUAAUGAUUUUAUGCAAACGUACUGGUGGUGUUAAGGAGGCUCGUAUUAUCUUCAGAACUGGUCGUCAAAAUUUCCCAGCAAUUGGAUAUGAUUUUUAUGUCAGUAGUGCACUCAUGGAAUACUAUGCCGAUAAUAAGUCUGUUGCUAACAAAAUUUUUGCACAUGGUAUGAAAUCUUUUAAUGAAGAUGGAAGAUAUUUAUUAAAGUAUUUGGAUUAUAUGAUUAUGAUCAAUGAUGUUGAAAAUAUGAGAGUUUUAUUUGAACAAGGUUUAACCACACUUUUAAAACAAAUAACGGCUGAAGGUGAAGGAGUCGACACUACUUCCAAAUCUCCAGCUCAAUUAUGGCAAGAAAAGGUUAAAGAGAGAGAUAUUAAAGAAAAGAAAGAAUGCAUUAAGGAAAUGUUCAAAAAAUUUUCCAAAUUUGAAACCAACUAUGGUGAUUUAAAUGCAGUAAGAAGUUUGGAAAAUAGAUAUGAACAAUAUUUCCCAGAUGAUGAUGCUUUAAAUUUAUUUGUUGAUAGGUAUAGAGAUCCAGGUAGUGUCGAUGUAAUUCGCGUCUAUGACUUGGGAUUAAGUGAUGUCGAUGAAGAAGAACAAGGUUUGACGUCUAAUAAGAGAAGAAAGAUUGUGAAGAGUGAAUCGAAUGGAACAUCUGAAUCUCAAUUACCAGCUUUGGAAACAAUCCAGCAAGCAACUUCUGGAAGUUACAAUAAUGCUGGCAAUGUCAACGGGAAUACUUUACAGCCAAGUGAACAACAACCACAACAGCAACAAGCUCGAACUCAACCAUUUGUGGGAAGCACUACAUAUAAUUUACUUAGAGCCUUACCAAGCGCUUCGUAUUUUGGUCCUCCUAAAGAUCAAGUUUUUGAUGCCGGGAAAUUAGUGGAACUCUUUUCCAAUCUUCCCAAAAUCCCAGGGGUUGAAUAA